GACCAAACCAAAGCAGGAAAAAGAGCAAAAGAGAUAAAAACACUCUUGCUUCUCUUGCUUCUCUUUAUUCUCUUCUUACUCUUCCUUCUUCUUCCUUCUUCUAUUACUACUAGCUAGCUUUAUCAACUUCAUACUCAGAAAUAACACUCACUAGUGUUCUUUCAUACAACCAUGGCAAGAAAAGUGAGAUGGAGACAAGUGGUGGAGGUGAUGGUAAUGAUAAUAGCUAUGGUUCUGAUCAUGGUUGAAGGAGCUGGAACUCCAACUUGGUGUGUUGCAAGAAGUAAUGCAAGUGAACAACAGUUACAAGCAGCUUUAGAUUAUGCAUGUUGGGCUGGUGCAGAUUGUACACCAAUUCAACCAAAUGGUCUUUGUUAUUUACCUAAUAAUCUACUUGCUCAUGCUUCUUAUGCUUUCAAUAGCUUCUUUCAAAAGAGAUCUUCUGCUCCUGGUGCUUGUGAAUUUGCUGGUUCUGCUACCAUUUCCAUGACUGAUCCAAGUUAUGGAUCUUGUGUGUACCCAUCAUCUUCAAGUACCGCACGAGGUGGUGUUGGAGGCAUCGGAGGUGGUACAGGUGGGGGUGUUGGUGGCACAGGCGGGGGUGUUGGUGGUGGUGGUGUUGGAGGCACCGGUGGAGGUGUUGGUGGUACUGGCGGUGGUGGUGUUGGAGGCACAGGUGGAGGUGUUGGGGGUACAGGUGGAGGUUUUGGGGGAGGUGGUGGAACAGUUACACCGGGGACAGGAACACCAAUAAUAAAUCCCAAUGAGCCACCGAUGACUCCAUCAACACCAAUUUAUGGAGGUGGAAUUGGAGGUUUCACACCAGGAUUAGGUCCUACAACGGCAGGGACAACAUAUGGAUCUGAUUCAACAUUGCUUAGGCCUUCAGUUUCUACACUAAUCAUGGUUUCUUUAAUUGUAGUACUAGUGUAUUCGCUCCUGCUUAAACCAUAUUAACUUUUAUAAGGUAGACAGCACUUUAUUUUUAACUUUUUCAAUUGGGGUUGUAGAGGGUAGAAUUUUAGUCUACAAAUUUUGAGUUUUUCUUGGGCUUCAGAUCUAGUUUGCAAGUUACUGGGAACUUUGAUCUCCUACACCACGGCUACAUCUACCUGUCUUAACUUACAUAUAUAAAUAUAGUACUAGCACUAUUUUUGGUUUCGGGGCUCA